UUUCAACACUACUAUAUAACAAAUAAUUUGAGUUUUCAGCUAUAUGGCUCCAAAAAUUAAAGUACCUGCCAACUUUGGUGUAGAGCACAUCAACUCUCCUGUACACGGAAAUCUGCUUCUUAAGCUGAGAGAUGGACAAGAGAUUAAAACUAAUUCCAUGAUCAUGUCCUAUAACAGUCCUGUUAUUGACAAGCUCACCACCAACCUGUUUCAGUCCACGCUAGAAAUGGACGAUUUCACAAAACCAGCAGUCGACUGUUUUGUUGAAGCGCUGUACUCUGGUGAAGUUGAUAAACUAGAAAAGACAUCUUUGAAGAAGUAAACAAAAUGGCACAUGUAUUCGAUGUGUCCUGGUUGACUAAGAGAUGUCUGAAGUUUUACAAAGCAGAAGUACUGAAGUUUGAGAACAACUCGUACAAAGAAAUGUUAUUUGCUUGUGAGAUUGCUAGCAGGGCGCAUUAUAAUCUGAAAGACAGCAGAUAUGUCAGCUGCUUUGUGAAGAAUGUUACUUUCAGUGGUAACGGUAAAUUUAUCUUCUUACAGAGAUAUAUGGCUGGUUUUUCUGAGCUACCCAAACGUCGGAUUGACAUGUCCCUCGCUAUUGCUGCUAAUAACUUGAACAUCAUAAGCAAUUGUCUAAUAACCUAUAUUUCCUUUAACCUUGAAAUGCAAGGGAUUUGAUGAGAAUUCUCUGUACAUGCUACAAAAGCUGGAUGUCCAGAAGUUUAGCCGUACUUUUCCAUCUGAAUUGAAUGAACUAUCUGAAUUCCUUGCCGCUGCAACUGAAAAUUCUAAAUGUGCUGAAGUGAAAGCAGUUGUAGAGAAUUUUGUUAAAGGGAGAAAUACUGAAGGGUCAAGUAGCUCUAAAGAAGAGCUAGAAGUUGAUGGAAAUACUGAAGAUGUACAAGACAGUGAUGGUGAGGAUUGUAAAGAUAUUUCUAAUCAAACUGAGGAAAUAGAAUCAGGUAAAUGAUAUAAUAUGUAAUAGGUUAAUUAAAGGUAUUUUAUAAACUUAAACUUUCAGAAUUCUUUAUUCUUAAACAAACGUUAUAACUACUAAUAGUAACUACUAGUUACGUAGUAACUACUAGUAUUGACACGUUAUUAACACGUAUCAAUCAAGUGUUCCAUGUAUAAUAUUUAAUAUAUUUCUAGGUUGGAUACAGUGUGUUAAGAGUACAUGGUACACCCUGUCACACCACGAACCAGUACAGAUGAUAACUAACACUACAGAGUCAGUGAACAGUAUGCGUGUGUAUUAUACUCUAUCUGGAGAAGGUGGGAGUAGUGAACGACAUAUUCUGAUUUAUAGAGAUGAUACAACCAAUCAGUGGAGUUAUUUAAUUGUGGAAUGUACUCCAGGGAGUGUCAAUAACAGUUUCUAAACAAUGUACCAGCUGAUAAACUCAAACACUGGAUAAUAACCAAAACUUCUACACACCUAAAGGUAGUGUGUAACAGAGUGACAGUUCUCAAUUUCAACUUUGCUACUGACUACAAACCAGGUUCUGAGAAUAGUCACCAGGUUUGGUUGAAAAGGUGCACGAAAAUACGACUCCUUAAAUAUCAUGGUGACACACUUGUUUUAAAUACAGGCGGUUAAUUUCUGUGUAUUAGUAAUACCAAUCUGACAUCUAAACUCUCAUUAUUACAGUGAAUAUUCUUUCAGAUUAAUUAUAGCAUUAUUGUAUCCAACAACUGAGCAGCGUAUACUUAUUAUUACACAUAAUUUAGUUAGGAACUCAUUAACCUUCUUAUAAAAUUCUGUAUUAAAUUAAUAGGCUCAGGCUGUGUUUGUUUUAAACAAUAAAUACAUCAUUAAUAUCGUAUUUUAAAUACGCUUAAUAUAACACUGUAUCCAACCUUAUAGCUGGCUUGUUCUGAAACUUUAACAUUUUCAUUUAACGUAAACAAUUAUCUUUCUCUAUUUAAGUUUUACUGAUUUACUUACCAUUAAUUAAGGAACUGGCACCCAUUCUGUUUUUAUAGUUUUAGAUAGUUAUUAUAUUACUCAGUGCACUAACAGGAUAGAGUAUUUGAGGAGUGAACCUGUUUGUACCAUCAGAGAAACAUGUGUUGUUGAGUGAGACUCUGUCUAAGAGUGGUGAACAUGAGGUGUCUCUUAAGAUUAACAGUAGACACAGGGAGAAUGUAAGAGUGGUAAUUAUACCCUGAUUACUGAGAUCAUCUUAUCAUGCUCUUUUCUGAGGAGUGUUAUUGUUUGUAGUUUUAUAUUGUGGUAACAGCUGCUCAGUUCCAGUGACAUUAUUAAAACGCUUCAUGUCCUUUUAGAACAUUAUAUUAUAGAGAUUGGUUUUGAUUUUAGUACCAACUUUGAUCUUAUUUAGAUACUGUGAUGUGUAAGUUAAAUUGUGGAGCAAAUUAAUUUAUUGAACUUUUUAUAUUUUCUUGUUUUAAUGUUAAGUUUUGCUUACUCGACUUCCUUGUAUUGAUACAGAAACACAUACGAAAUUUUUCGACAUUGUCGAUCCAUUCAUCUUUAAAAUAAAAAUGAUGCGCAAAGAUACAGUAAUUUAACCCCAAUUUACCAUGCCCGAUUUGCCGCGAAUUCUCAUUUACCACAGUUGUUUUCUUUCCGCAAAAUCUGUGAUAAAUUAGAACUUCCUCCCCCAAUACUAAUAUAUUUCUCAAACCUUAUAUUAUAUUUACAAUUUCAAUCUUAGUUUUCAGCUAUAUGGCUCCAAAAAUUAAAGUACCUGCCAACUUUGGUGUAGAACACAUCAACUCUCCUGUACACGGAAAUCUGCUUCUGAAGCUGAGAGAUGGACAAGAGAUUAAAACCAAUUCCAUGAUCAUGUCCUAUAACAGUCCUGUUAUUGACAAGCUCACCACCAACCUGUUUCAGUCCACGCUGGAAAUGGACGAUUUCACAAAACCAGCAGUCGACUGUUUUGUUGAAGCGCUGUACUCUGGUGAAGUCGAUAAACUGGAAAAAGACAUCUUUGAAGAAGUAAACAAAAUGGCACAUGUAUUCGAUGUGUCCUGGUUGACUAAGAGAUGCCUGAAGUUUUACAAAGCAGAAGUACUGAAGUUUGAGAACAACUCGUACGAAGAGAUGUUAUUUGCUUGCGAGAUUGCUAGCAGGGCGCAUUACAAUUUGAAAGACAGCAGAUAUGUCAGCUGCUUUGUGAGUAAUGUUACUUUCAGUGGUAACGGUAGAUUUAUCUUUUUACAGAGAUAUAUGGCUGGAUUUUCUGAGCUACCCAAACGUCGUAUUGACAUGUCCUUAGCUAUUGCUGCUAACGAUCUGAACAUGAUCAGCAAUUGCCUUAUAUCCUAUGUUUCCUUAACCUUGAAUUGUAAACAAUUGGAUGAUAAUUCUCUGUACAUGCUACAAAAGCUUGAUGUCCAGAAGAUUAGACGUACUUUCCCAUCUGAAUUGAAUGAGUUAACUGACUUCCUUGCUGCUUUAUCUGAAGAUUCUGAAUGUGCUGAAAUGAAAGCGGUUGUAGAGAAGUUUGUUAAAAAUAAAAAGAUAAAAACUGAAAAGUCAAGUAGCUCUAAAGAAGAGCUAAAAGUUGAUGAAAAUACUGAAGAUGUACAAGACAGUGAUGGUGAGGAUUGUAAAGAUAUUGCUAAUCAAACUGAGGAAAUAGAAUCAGGUUGGAUACAGUGUGUUAGUAACACAAGCUACACCCUGUCACACUACGAACCAGUACAGAUGAUAACUAACAAUAAACAGUCAUAUAACCAGAUUCAUGUGUAUUAUACUCUACCUGGGGAAGAUGGGAGUAGUGAACAACUUAUUCUGAUUUAUAAAGAUGUUACAACCAAUCAGUGGAGUUAUUAUAUUGUAGGAUGUACUCCACUCAGUGUCAAUAAACAGUUUCUAAACAAUGUACCAGCUAAUAAACUCAAACACUGGAUAAUAACCAAAACUUCUACACACCUAAAGGUAGCGUGUAACAGAGUGACAGUUCUCAAUUUCAACUUUGCUACUGACUACACAACAGGUUCUAAAAAUAAUCACCAGAUUUGGUUGAAAAGGUGAACAAAUAUAAGACUUGUUCAAUAUCGUGAUAGUGAUUUACUUGUUUUAAAUACAGGCGGUUAAUUUCUGUGUAUUAGUAAUACCAAUCUGACAUCUAAACUCUCAUUAUUACAGUGAAUAUUCUUUCAGAUUAAUUAUAGCAUUAUUGUAUCCAACAACUGAGCAGCGUAUACUUAUUAUUACACAUAAUUUAGUUAGGAACUCAUUAACCUUCUUAUAAAAUUCAGUAUUAAAUUAAUAGGCUCAGGCUGUGUUUGUUUUAAACAAUAAAUACAUCAUUAAUAUCGUAUUUUAAAUACGCUUAAUAUAACACUGUAUCCAACCUUAUAGCUGGCUUGUUCUGAAACUUUAACAUUUUCAUUUAACGUAAACAAUUAUCUUUCUCUAUUUAAGUUUUACUGAUUUACUUACAAUUAAUUAAGGAACUGGCACCCAUUCUGUUUUUAUAGUUUUAGAUAGUUAUUAUAUUACUCAGUGCACUAACAGGAUAGAGUAUUUGAGGAGUGAACCUGUUUGUACCAUCAGAGAAACAUGUGUUGUUGAGUGAGACUCUGUCUAAGAGUGGUGAACAUGAGGUGUCUCUUAAGAUUAACAGUAGACACAGGGAGAAUGUAAGAGUGGUAAUUAUACCCUGAUUACUGAGAUCAUCUUAUCAUGCUCUUUUCUGAGGAGUGUUAUUGUUUGUAGUUUUAUAUUGUGGUAACAGCUGCUCAGUUCCAGUGACAUUAUUAAAACGCUUCAUGUCCUUUUAGAACAUUAUAUUAUAGAGAUUGGUUUUGAUUUUAGUUCCAACUUUGAUCUUAUUUAGAUACUGUGAUGUGUAAGUUAAAUUGUGGAGCAAAUUAAUUUAUUGAACUUUUUAUA